AAUGGCUUCUCUCCUCAGCAAAUUUAGGAUAAAAUUUGCAGACAUCCAUAUAAUUGGAGACAUCAACAUUAAGCCAAACAAAGAGAGCUGGAAAGUCUUUGAAGAGAUGAUUGAACCUUAUCGGCUCCAUGAAAGCCACAAAGAUUUGACCACUGCUGAGAAAUUAAAAAGAGAAAGUCCAUGGAAAAUUACAGAUGCAGAACUGGAAGCAGUCAAGGAAAAGAGUUACCGCCAAGUUCGACUGAACGAGCUCUUACAGGAACAUUCCAGAGCUGCCAACCUCAUUGUGUUGAGCCUUCCAGUGGCAAGAAAAGGAUCUAUUUCGGAUUUGUUGUACAUGGCGUGGUUAGAAAUCCUGACCAAGAACCUCCCUCCUGUGUUACUGGUUAGAGGAAAUCACAAAAAUGUCCUGACAUUUUACUCUUAAAUCGUGAAGGAUGAGAAAUGUUGUACCUUGGUGUCUGAAUAAUUAUGAAACACAUCUGGUUCUUUGUGAUUUAAAACCUCUUCUAUGAAUAUACAAACCUCUGGAGGCUAGCCUACCCAAUUCUACAUAAAUGUUGUCUUUUUUAAAAAAGUUAUUAUUAAUGAGAGUUUUCCCCACUAGUUAAAAAAAAAAGCAUCAAAAGCUAUGGGACUCCUAGAAAAUCACUUUUCCGUUGUUGCUGAUAAAUAAGAAGUUAAUACAAGCUGGCUGACAUGCUUACAGGAUAUGCUAAUCUAGAUGUGCGCUCCAGGCAAACUUAAUCUCUUGUUUCUGCGGAGUCUGCUGCACAGCCCUGGUGCAGGCCAAGGGCCCACAGCAGGCUCUCCUUAAGUUCUUAUUGACAGGCUGGUCUGGGGAAGGCAGGUGGCUAUCAUAGGGAAAGGCCUGCUGGGUCAGUGGCCUGAUUCUGCUUGGCCUCCUGAGAAGUUUGUGAAGAUUUAAAAAUCAAUAUCUGGAAACUGUAAGAAGGACUAGAGCCUACGAAGUGUUCAAAGCAGUUACCUAAAUAAGGUUUAUUUAAUGCAGCAGAUAAUAAGCUUAACCUCUGAUCGCACGUAGCUUGCAUUUGUUGCUAGCUGGAGGUAUAUUAGGUAGGAGAGCAAGAGACGCAUGUUCCACUUAAAUGAAAUAGAGUCUUAACAUACAAAUAUCAAUUGUCUUUCUGGCUAAAUAUUUUGAAAUUUCUAUUUUAGUACUACUUUAUUUUUUUCUCUCUAAUUAAGUGGUUUGCAUAGAUGAAAUAAAAUCGAUGAUCUCAUUGAAAAUUAAUCUCACAGGUUUCCAAUCUACUAUUAAAAAUGUAUCCAGAUCCUACAUUUAUUUACUUUCUAAAUAUACAGGCAUAUGGGCUUUAUAGAAUACCUAAGAUAUAAAUGGAGAAACUUGUAAAAUUUAAAAAUACAGGUGCUGAUUUUUCUUCUUGUUAGUAUGUGUAUAUUAUUUAAUCACAGAAAAAAUGCUUAUAUGAUAAAUGGCUUAGUUUUGGUUUUGGUUUUCUCUUUUCUUGGCAUAUUUUGACUGUUCUAGGGAUGUUAAUGGGGGCUAAUUGACCUGAAAUAAAAUCACUAAACUUUG